AAAUUGAAAUAGGAAGAAAUUUAUAAAAGAUUAAGGAGGUAUAGAACGAAAGGGGAGCCGUUUCAGAGGAAAAUUCUUUCUACUACUACUACUUGAAAUCUUCAGUCGGAAAAUCUUCUACUAUAUUUAUGCAGGUUCUAGAGUACUGCGUACCUGAAUAUUCAAGAAUGGUCUUUAUAUUGGCAUAAAGAUGCAGAAUGAUUUAGCUGAAGGAGAAACCAUGGCUGCUCACACACCCCAAAAAUUACAAGACAAGUGUCUUGAUGCUGUAGCUCUUUCUAUCUUAAAGAAAGCAUUCCCAUGCUCCAUAAAACACCUUACUUCAGUUUAUGAAGCACCUAGUUUUUCAGUGCAUGAUGUAUCCUUCAUUGACAGUGAGUAUGACUUGGAAAGGGUCAAAGAUCCACGCAGUUUAGACCUAAUACUAAUGUCUACAAGUGAGCGAGAGACAAGGAGUUUCCCAUUCAAAAUGGCAUUAAUGAAGAGACUUCAGAGUAUCCAGUCUUGGUUUCAGCAAACAGACUGGUUGGGGGGUUCAAAUAGUGAAAUUAGACGUCGGAUUCGUAAUGUCAUAAGUGACAAACUAGAACUGAUUGAUCCUUGCAGCUUUAUUCCUCUAUUCAAGUUCCUUAUAGAAGCACUUUUUAGCAACAAAGUAGGAGGAUGCUCAGAUGCAGCUCAGUUUCCCUUCAUGCCAAGGGUAAAUUGUGAACUCUGGAAGAAAGACUGCCCUUUGUUUGCAGAUGUAUUAAGGUCUUUUGCUCCUUUUGAAAUAGAAGAAUUGUCAACACACCAUUUAGCUUUUGGUGGACCAGAACCAUUGCUUGCCAUCAUUGAAAACUCCCCUUACCUGAAAAGAGUAUACCUUCGCAAUAACAUUUGUGAAAGACUUUUACUCUCUCUUCAGAAGCACUGUCCCUUACUUGAAACUAUUCAUGUGGAAAAGUGUAUGGGGAAACUGAUGGUGCCUGUUACUUGCUUGUAUAGAACUUUUUUUGGUGGAAUGAGCUAUGAUCAAGUAAAAGCAUUGGCAUUUAAAAAUUCCUUGAUGGAAAAACAAAGACAGUUAUCAUUUCCUUACUUGAAACACCUUAACUUGGGUGAAAUGGAUGAUAUUAGUAAGUCUAGCAGAAGGGAAUCUUUGUCUUUAUUUAUUUAUACACUCCUUUCCUUUUAUUCUCAUCCAUUGAAUAUUACCUCUAGUACAUUAAUACCCUUUUCUCCAGCCGUACCUGAAGAAUUACCCAAGUUUUUGCACGGUGUCUCAUACAAGAUUCAUAAUUGCAGUUUGAAUGGAUUGCAGACAUAUUUUGAUAGAUAUUCGAAGUGUAAUGAUGACAUCAAGUUACCCAUAGAAAAUGUCUAUCAGUUAACAUUUUCCCACACUCUUCAUGAUGAUAGGAGGAUAAAGGAAUUAAUUGAAUUUUCAAAAACAUGGAUUUUGAAGUUCAAAUGUAAGGUUCUCUUUGUAUAUACUUGGCAAGAUAUUGAUUAUAAUGUUGAUAUAUCUAUAUAUAACCCAAUGUUUUCUCAGGUUGGUAGUACUUUAACUUCCUUUCAUUUUAAUAUUAAAGGAGAUAUUGACUUAUCCUUACUAUGUGAUAUAAUUUCCAUGUGUCCCAAUUUAGAGGUUUUGCGAAUCAAAUUAACUCAGGUUCAUAUUGAUUCUGAAGAAAACAUGAUCAUUAAGAACUUGGAGAAGUUGACUAACUUGACUGUUCAUUCUGGUGAAGAUUGUGUUCCAUCAGUUCACAAAUUUAUUGAGAAAGUGUUAGAGUCUUCUCCAGAGUUGUACUCUUUAUCACUGGUGCUUCAUGAUAAACCAUGUGAAUGGCUUAUGUCUUUGGCUACAAGUAAUAAACUUAAUACAAUUAGCAUUUUGAGGCUUAGCUUCCACUGCUUCAACUUCAGCUGUAGGGAAAUGACCAAUUUUUUAAGGGAAGAGCCUGUAGGGGUUCCAUUUUAUGUUUUCCUAAUAGAGCUGCUGCCCAGCUUGAAAGUACUCCAUCUUGGUAGUCUACCACAUAUGACAUUCCAAAAGUUGAUCAUGAUUUAUCAAAGAUCUGAUCUACAAAUUGGGAUUUGGCAUGUUCCACCUGACAGUCAAGAAUGGUAUGGUGGAUAUAUGUUUUAGCCUUAGUUUGAACAGACUCACUGGUUAUUUAGACUUACAGAUAAAAUUUAUAGGUGUAUAGAAGUAAAAUAUCACUUUAUUAAAACAACAUCUCUUCUAGGUAAGUUACUCUUUAGCUUAUUUUCUUCAUUUUUACCAAAGUUUACCCUGCAAGUGCUGCAUAUUUUGGCUUAGGAUUCUGGUUAAAAUUUGAACUACAAAGUUUGUGUAGUUAUCUAAUGAAGCAAUAAUUUAGAUUCAUUACAAACCUGAGAUGAUAGCCAAAUUGAGUUUUGUUUUUGUUUUUAAGAUUAAGAGAAACAAAAAUAAAAGAGAUAUUUGAAAAACAAUGGCACAUUACUGAAAUGAUUGAAGGGGAUCCCUGCUUAGUGUAGUAAAGUAAAUACAAUUAUCACCUUCACAAUUGUUAAUUUAAUACUAGGAACAUUCCUCCCUGGAUCCUCAACAUUUUCCCAAAGUUUUUGCAGAUAUGGCAACAAGUUGCUUACUACUGAUUUUCUUAGCGAGUGAGAAAACAGGAAUCUUGAAACACGCUUAGUAACUGGUCUAGUAAUGACAAUUAACUCAGAUAUUACUUUACACUUCCAAGCACAAGUUACAUUGGAUGGAUGAAACAUAUAAAGAAAGUAUGCAACAGUUACAAUAAAUUCUUGUGACAAAUAACAGUGAAUUUGUGAUUUCAGCUAUUAUAUUGGUAUGCAGUACAGUAGUUGUUUAAUAUCAUUUUCUAAAUAGAGUUUACGUAUUUU